AUGUUACGAACAGAGAAACAAAGGAAAACGAAUAUAAAUGAUACGAGGAAUGAAAACCUGAUAUGGGAAUUCAUAAUUGAUGGCAAUGAUGGUAAUAAUGACAAUGUUAAUGGUAAUAAUUACAAUGGUGAUGAUGAUGAUGAUGAUGAUAAUGAUGAUGAUGAUAGUGGUGAUAGUGAUGAUAAUGAUGAUGAUGAUAGUGGUGAUAGUGAUGAUAAUGAUGAUGCUGAUGAUAAUGAUGUUGAUGAUGAUUAUGGUGAUUAUGGUGAUGAUGGUGCUGGUUAUGGCAAUGGUGUUAGAGGGGACAUAAAUUGUCGUGUACCCGCAGACACUACUGCAGUAGUGGUGACAGGAAGGAAAGCCUUUUCCGACAACUCCUCCUAA